CACGCGUUUGAUUUUCUCCCAGCGGCAGAAUUAACUCUCCCGCGGCGACCCUUCUGCGUGCUUUCCCGGCCGACUGUCGGCGCAUCCUCUGGGAACUAACCCACAUAUACAUACCACAUUCUUUAAAGUCUUUGAACAAAUUCUUGGCUUCGAGAUUUUCGAACGAAGUUCUUGAAAUUGCGCAGAACGCAAUAGGGAAUGCGGAGAAAUUUUUAGGGGGUUUUACAGUCUGAAGGUUUCCCAGAUUUUUUUAAAGGGAGAAUCGUACAGGCGGCGAUGGUGGAAGAGAAGAAGAAAAUGAAAAGGGAGAGGAGGAGAUGGGCAUGGGCGGCGAUUGGAGCGGCGGCGGUGGCAUUGGCCGUCGGGAUUGUUUUGCACACCUUCAAUUACAAGUCUUGUACGUGCUCUCAGGAUUCUAGAAAAUAUACCGGUAUAAUCGAAGAUUGCUGCUGUGAUUAUGAAACAGUUGACAGUCUUAAUGCAGCUGUCCUGCAUCCUCUACUCCAAGAGCUUGUCACAACUCCAUUCUUUCGGUAUUUUAAGGUGAAACUGUGGUGUGACUGCCCUUUUUGGCCCGAUGAUGGUAUGUGCAAGUUGCGCGAUUGCAGUGUGUGCGAAUGCCCUGAAAGUGAAUUUCCAGAACCUUUUAAGAAGCACGCACUUCCAUUUGAUGAUCUAAAAUGUCAAGAGGGAAAGCCAGAAGCUGCUGUUGACCGCACUUUAGACUCCAAGGCUUUUAGGGGAUGGAUGGAAGUAGAUAACCCUUGGACACAAGAUGAUGAGACUGACAAUGGUGAAAUGACAUAUGUAAACCUAUUAUUGAACCCGGAGCGAUACACGGGCUAUACUGGACCCUCAGCCCGAAGGAUAUGGGAUGCAAUUUAUUCAGAUAAUUGUGAAUAUGCUCCUGGAGAGAUAUGCCAGGAGAAAAAAGUGCUCUACAAGCUAAUAUCUGGUCUCCAUUCCUCUAUUUCGACGCACAUAGCUGCUGAUUACCUACUUGAUGAAACUAAUAACCUGUGGGGUAAAAAUCUGGAUUUGAUGAAUGAUCGUGUUCUGCAAUAUCCCGAACGUGUCAGAAACAUGUAUUUUACUUUCCUCUUUGUUCUCAGAGCUGUGACAAAAGCAACUGAUUACUUGGAGCAAGCCGAGUAUGAUACCGGAAACCCAGAGGAGGACUUGAAAACACAGUCUCUAAUGCGUCAACUUGUUUACAACCAAAAGCUCCGAUCAGCUUGCCCUGUUCCAUUUGAUGAAGCCAAACUGUGGAAAGGCCAGAGUGGCCCUGAGCUGAAGCAACAGAUUCAAAAGCAAUUCAGGAAUAUCAGUGCUCUAAUAGAUUGUGUAGGAUGCGAGAAAUGCCGUCUCUGGGGUAAGCUUCAAGUUUUAGGCCUCGGAACUGCCCUAAAGAUUCUCUUCUCCGUAGAUGGUCAGAAGCACCCAACUCCACCUCUGCAGUUGCAGAGAAACGAAGUGAUUGCCCUGAUGAACCUGCUGAACCGCCUAUCAGAAUCAAUCAGCUUUCUGCACGAAAUGAGUCCAAAUGUUGAGAAAACAAUGGAGAGGCUGGUUUCCCACCACCAGACCUCAGUAAUGAGUUCAUGGAAAAGAUUAGUUGAUGCUGUUGUAGGCAUUCGGUUAAGGAGCUCCCCAUCAUGAUCAUCAUCCCCAAUGUGGUGGAAUAGAUUUGGGUACCCAUUGAACAACUGAAACAUACAUAGAUAGCUGUUAAUCACUGUAAAACAGAACAUGAGACAAGAAGUUGAAAUUGAGGGAUGGGCUGUGUGCUUUAAUGUCCUCACUUUUUCUGGAACUCUGCGAAAACACGAAUAUAAUUAGUAUACUGAGAAUGGAUGCAGGACUAUUUUGAACUUUAUAUUUGUUGGUAAACAGUUCAAACUUUAUGUUAGUUUAGAAUUUCUUAAAAGUUUUGUGAAAGCAAUUGGAUAAAGCAUCUUAAGUACUCCAUCCAUCCCGAUGUAAUUGUUCAGUUUGCCUUUUUGAGUCGUUCAUUGUAUUCGUCAACUUUACUUCUAAGAUA